UAGGCACUAUAAACAUUAAAAUAAACACUUAUAAUUCUCUCCAUGGUGCGUCACAAUUCUUACCUAUAAAUAAGUAAAUAAUACAAAUAAUGUAAAGAAACGUUGGCGAGGUAAUCAGUUCAAAUUCUGCAACUCGAUAAGGAGGUUCGUCUUUAGUUGUGCAUUACAAAGUGACCUGAAGUAGUUGAGAAACUAAAUUUGGAAUACAAACUAUUAUUUAUAGUAUAUUCAAUUGAUCACGCUUUAUAAAUAUGUACUGUUGUGCAACUAGAAUUAACUAUAUAUACUCUACAACUUCGUGAUUAAUAACCGACGUAAAGCUCAAUGCACAAUGAAAAUGAGUGUACAAUAAGUUCUAAAUUUAAUAGAAAAAUUAAUAUUUCUACAGCUCCCAACAAAAAAGAAGAAACAUGUCGAAUCGCCAUAUUCCGAUUCUGAAAGUCCUUCUCUUGGGGGGAUAUGUGCGUUGGGAAAACUUCUUUGAUGCGUCGUUACGUAAACAAAACUUUUACCUCCGUCUAUAAAAAUACGGUUGGUGCGGAUCUUGGCACUAAGCGAUUGGUUAUAAAUGAAAGCUUGGUGAAUUUGCAGAUAUGGGACACAGCAGGACAAGAAAUAUGUGGAAAGCUGGGCACGAUUUUCUAUCGUGGAGCCGAUUGCUGCUUUCUUGUCUUUGACGUUACGAGCCGAAAAUCCUUCCAGAAUUUGAGCAAGUGGUGGGAGGAUUUCUUUUCGAUGGCUGGAAUAAAAAAUCGCGACAAAUUUCCACUUGCUGUGGUGGGAAAUAAAAUUGACUUGGAAAAUGAGAGAGAAGUCUCAAAGCGAGAAGCUCAGCAGUGGUGCAAAUCGUUUUCCGUUCCCUACUUUGAAUGCUCGGCGAAAGAUGGCAGCGACGUGGAACUGGCAUUUGAAUCGUUGGCAGAGAAAGCCGUGGCCAUCCAGGACGAAAAGUGGGUCGAACCUGUCACUUACUUUAAUGAGUCCUUCGUAAUAGUGGAUGCACCUCCAGAAAAACGACGAAAGAAGUGCGACUGCAACUAAAAAGAGAUUGAUUUCGUUUUCAAAAUACAUUAAUAUUAUUAAAUAUAUUUAAAUGUAUAAAUUACAUAAUAUUUUUAAUGAAAUUAUUAAAUUUAU